ACACAACACACAACACACACACACACCCCACUCCAGAACAAGAUGCUGAGGGACUCUGAGCACAUCCUCCUCUUUCACUGAGAGACCUUUUAUACAGUCUGUGUGAGAGACUAACAUGAAGACCUCUAUCAGGCAGAGACUAACAUGAAGACCUCUAUCAGGCAGAGACUAACAUGAAGACCUCUAUCAGGCAGAGACUAACAUGAAGACCUCUAUCAGGCAGAGACUAACAUGAAGACCUCUAUCAGGCAGAGACUCUUUAAGGAUCCAGAAUAAUCUCAAACCCUGUUAAAGUGAACCCCAAGAUCCUCUGAGGGGUCGACUCUACAGCCGGAUCUAAAGGGAGGCCUCACGGACCAGAACCGGUCCUACUGUAGUGGAUCAGGUUCUUCAUGAGCAGGUGGAGGUCAGGUGGAGGUCAGGUGGAGGAGGACUCACCUGUCAGGGUCAUGGGAGGAUUACUAGCUGAGUGAACGCAGCGCUAACUGUCACGUGACAGCAGCUUCCACCAGGGUCCAGCGGUGGCCUGACUUCCUGUUAUGUCUGGCUGUCUGCUGAGCAUGACACACCCCCCCCCCCCCCUCUCCUCCUCCUCCUCCUCCUCCUCCUCCUGCUGACUCUCAGUGAGUGUGCAGACAGUCUCUGUCUGGAUCAGACGGAGGACACACUCUCUCACACACACAGUCUCUCUCUCACACACACACAAACACACACAAACACACACACACGGACAGGCAGACCGCCGGUUACACCGACACGAGCAGCAGACCUCAGCCGAGAGGAGAGCCUCCAGACCCGGUGAGCAUGUCGGUGCUGGCUCCGCCCCCCAGCAGUAGCUCCGACGCCUGCCUCAGCAUCGUCCACAGCCUCAUGUGUCACCGUCAGGGCGCGGAGAACGAGGGCUUCGCCAAGCGGGCGAUCGAGAGCCUGGUGAAGAAGCUGAAGGAGAAGAAGGACGAGCUGGACUCGCUCAUCACCGCCGUCACCACCAACGGCGUCCACCCGAGCAAGUGUGUGACCAUCCAGAGGACGCUGGACGGGCGGCUGCAGGUAGCAGGUAGGAAAGGGUUCCCUCAUGUGAUCUACGCCCGUCUGUGGCGUUGGCCCGACCUUCAUAAGAACGAAUUGAAACACGUGAAGUUCUGUCAGUUCGCCUUCGACCUGAAGUACGACAGCGUGUGUGUGAACCCGUACCACUACGAGAGGGUGGCCACGCCCAACACUGCAGGUCCUCACUCUGUGAUUAAGGAGGAGUACAUGCAGGACUGUCUUCAGAUCGACCUGCCCCCCCACAGUGACCCCUACAACCAGCCGCGGCCUGUCAGCAUGUAUCCCAGCAUGCCCCUCUCUCCCCCAGGCAGCAGCUCCAUGCAGACAGCCGCUCUGCCAGGAGGGGGCGUCGGUGGGGGAGGAGUCGGCGGCGAGGGACCUGGCCUCUUACAGAUCGCCCCGCCUCAGAACCACGUAGGCCACGCCUCCCCUCCUCAUGCAAAUCCCCCUCACACCCCCCAGCCUCCUCACCCUCCCACUCCCACCUCCCCUCAUCCACACAGCCCGGAGUACAGCAGCCCCCCAGGACAGGUACUGUACCUGCAGGACCAGGAGGAGCAGUCCACCUGGCCAGGUAACAGCCCCGCCCCCUACAGCCCUGCAGGACCUCACCACAGUGGGCGGAGCCACCAGCACCAGCCAUUACAUUCAUCACCAACACCACCACGCCCCCACCACUCACUUCUGCACCACAGCACCGCCCCCUAUCCACAACCAGUGUCCAACCAUCCAGGUCCAGAGUUCUGGUGCUCCAUCUCGUACUUUGAGUUGGACGUUCAGGUCGGGGAGAUGUUCAAGGUCCAGUCCAGCUGUCCAGUCACAGUGGGACGGUAUGUGGAUCCUUCAGGAGGGGACAGGUUCUGUUUGGGACAGCUGAGUAACGUCCAUCGCACCGCACAGCCACCGGGCCAGGUGACCAGUCUGCCCGGUCUGCCGGCUGACCGGUCUGCCCGGCUCCAACAUCGGUGGGGGGUCCAGCUGGAGUGUCGGGGGGAGGGGGACAUCUGGAUGCGUUGCCUCAGCGAUCACUCCGUGUUCGUUCAGAGUUUCUACCUGGACCGGGAAGCGGGCCGAGCUCCUGGAGCCGGUUUGCAUACGAUCUACCCCGGAGCCUACCAUCAAG